UAUAUGGCCUGGUUUUAUAGCACUUUUGUUCAGAGAUAUUUGGACUGGAACAGCGCCAGGUCCAUUUGCAAGUCAGAGAGCGCUAAGUAGUCUGAUGCACAGGCACCAACUGCAGCAGAGGAUCCGUCUAGAGUAUUGUUAUGCAAGCAGGAAGGGAGCAGUCUCACAUUGAUCGAGGCAUUGGACGGAGGCUGGGAUGCUUUGGUCCUUGAUGCCGUUUGAGCUGGAGGCUGCUGUUUGCUGUCCCAUCAUGCAGUAUACUGUACUAGCACAGUGCUUGGAGCAGUCACUCAGCACAGUUAGAUCAUAAAAGAGGGACGGACUGAUGGAGACCUAGCCUACUCAUCCCUCAGCUUUGCUUGCACUCUUAAGUUUUGUCAACCUCAUUUCAGAUCUCAGUCUGGUGACUGUCCCCAGCCAUGAGCGGUGGAGUGAAUAUCAAAGUCAUAUCUCAGAAUCAGAGUGACGCAGGUGUCAUGUCGAGUCUGCCUUUACCUCGAAGCAUGAUGCCUCUCCCCAAGAUGGAUCCCAAACAACACUACGGCGGGCCCCCCAAUCCCACACUGCAGUAUCAGCACGCCGCCAAACGACGACCUUCCUGUUCUCCGUCUUCUGUUUCCUCGGGUCCUGCAGAGCUGAUGAGGGGUGCAGCUUUGAAGAACCACCUGCUGCAGCAAAAAUCUGGAAUGAUUUCUCAUAGAAGCCCAGCAGCUACAGAACGAACUGACGGAACGUGCUCGGCGUACAACAGCCCUCAGAUACCGAAGAGGGACGUCCGACGCUCGAAAGACACGCUGGACCUCCGCGCCAGCACACUGAACCAGAAGGCUUUGCGAGACCUCCAGUUAAGACGAACCACCAACAAAAACUGGACCUUUGGAAAAUAUCGCCUAAAGAGUGUGGACAACGCACAGGAGGAUGCCGCCUUGUGCCGGCUCUCUGCUAAUGCCCAUUUGGGCUACGGAAGAGGGCGGAUCUUUUAUACUAAAGGUGCAAAUGGGAAUGAGGUGCCUGGCGUUUCCUUAGCUGGAAUGGGCGACACCGAAAAAAAGGUGAGGAACAUUUCCAACCAGCACCUGGGAGCUUCAGAAAGAGACGUGGCCAACAACAAAUCAAAGUCUUCUCAUCACACAUUCAACAUGCGGCACAAAGGGAAUGAGCCAGGAAAAGUCUACAUGGCCGCUGUUGCUCCCUUCAGGUUCAGGUUCCAGGUCCAUGAGGACACAGAUCCCUCCCUCGAUGAUCUCAGUGAUUGUUCCUCUGACUCCAUGGAGGUCUGCUGUGACGAUCUAGGAGGCAUGCUUGGAAAUAGUGUAAAAGGAAGAGAAGGAGAUUUCAAGAUGGAAAGGACGGAUAGCACAAAGGCAUACGGCCAAGCAGAUGGCAAAGGAGUUGGCAUGGCAGUUAAGAGGGCCAAGUCUGGAGUGCCCCAGACCACACCGAGGGGUGAACUGAAGGUUUACCGGGCGGGUAGCUCUGACGGCAGGUUACCAGUUUCCUCUAGUCUUCGCAAGCAGAGGUCUAUGACAAACCUGGCUGUACUCACUGAUGCUGAGAAGAAGUUUCACCUUUAUGAGCCCAAGUGGUGUGAUGACAUGGCCAGACAUGGAGCAGGGCAGAGCAAAAUGGGCAAGCCAAAGACCGCAGGGGGUGGCAGCAGUGCCGGAGGGGGUGGCACUCUCUCUCGAAACCUAUCCAAAUCUGAACACUCGCUGUUCCAGGGCAAACCCAAGCCCUUCAGCCCUCUGGCUGCUCCAUCUGCUCUGAGCAAGCAGAGCCGCAUACCUCGUGCUCCAUACGCCGAGGUGAAGCCCCUAAGCAAGGCACCCGAGGAUGGGAAGUCGGAUGACGAGAUCUUGUCCAGCAAGGCGAAGGCCAACGCUAAGAAGCAGGGAGCCGGUGCCGGAGGGGAGUCCGGUUCCAAAGGAGAGGAAGGGGGGGACAAGCCCUUCUUGAAGGUGGACCCAGAACUGGUGGUGACAGUGCUGGGCGACCUGGAGCAGCUGCUUUUCAGUCAGAUGUUAGACCCUGAGUCCCAGAGGAAGCGGACUGUGCAGAAUGUUCUUGACCUCCGUCAGAAUUUGGAGGAUACGAUGUCGAGUCUGCGGGGCUCCCAGCUUAGUCAUAGCUGUAUGGACAGCAGUAAUGUGGGCUACGACAGCGAUGAGACCAACGCUCGCAGCAUAUCCAGCCUGUCCAACCGCUCAUCUCCUCUCUCCUGGCGCCACGGCCAGUCCAGCCCUCGUCUCCAAGCGGGCGACGCGCCGUCCUCCACAGGCGGAGGCUACCAGGGGAGUAAGACGGGCUCCCAGUAUACAGCCCAGACGAUGCCAGCUCGCUGCUCCAGCCGCCUCAGCAGCACGUCUCGCAUCGAGCUCAUCGAAGGGUUGGAUGAUGCCGACCUCAAGUCUGGUUACCUGAGUGACAGCGACCUCCUAGGAAAGAGCCUGCCGCAUGACGACGACGACGACAACCUGGCUAAUGGUUGGGAUGAGAGCAGCUCCAUCAGCAGUGGGCUCAGCGACGGUGACGGCGAUGGCUCGGAGAACCUCAGUUCAGAGGAGUUCAACGUCAGCUCCUCCCUUAACUCCCUCCCGACCACACCCCUGGGAUCCAGACGCAACUCUUCUGCUAUGCUCCGCACUGAUGCAGAGAAGCGCUCCCUGGUGGAAAGUGGACUUUCUUGGUACAGCGAGGAUGGCAAAACCGUCCACAAGCUUGAUAGUUGCAGCUAUGACACGGGGAGUCUCAAGACGGAGGCCCCGAGCAAGUGGAGAAAGAAGCCUCCAAGCCUUAGUGAAGAUACAGGGUAUAAGGGAGAACUGAGGAAGCCUCAAAGCUUGGGUCAACCAGGAAGUUUCAAGAAGGGUCGUAAUGCUCCAAUAGGCGUGACCUCCCCCAUAACCCAUACCUCUCAGAGCACGUUAAAAGUUGCAGCACCUAAAAGUGAGAAGCCACUGGAUAAAUCCAGGAUUUCCCUCAAAACUGCUGGUCUACAACGGUCUCGUUCAGACGCUGGCAGGGAUCAUCACGGAGAGCACCGCAAGCCCCCAUCAGGUUUAGUUAAACCCACAGCUGGAGCCUCCUUUGGCUACAAGAAACCACCAACGGCCACCGGUACCGCCACUGUUAUGACAGCAGGGGGCACCACCAUCUGCAGUGGCUCUGCUACUGUGGGGAAAACCCCCAAGUCCUCUGGCAUCCCGGUGAAGCCUGUGGGAGGAGGUGCACCAUCGGGUCGAAAGAACAGUUUUGACGCCAGCAGUGAGCAGGGCUUCUUAGGGCCCAACGCCCGAAACAGUAUUCAGUACCGCAGCCUGCCUCGACCGGCCAAAUCAAGCACGCUCAGUGUGAUCGGCCGCCCUGCACCUCGGCCUGUCAGCGGUACCAUUGACCCCAGCCUGUUGAGUUUGAAACCUGUGCCUAUGGCCUCCAGGAUUAAAGAGCCCAGUGGCUGCAGCAGUAAGAUGUCUAACAGAACGAGCACAGGCCCGGUGAACAUGACGGACCGAGAGAAGGAGAAGGAGAGAGCCAAAGCCAAGGCUGUGGGCGCCGACGUAGACUGUGGUUCUCUGAAAGGAGAGACUCAGUCCACAGGAGAGUCCACUGUGAAACUGCACGGCCUGAGACGGACCGGCAGCAGCAAAUACCCUGAACUGUCCUCACCCACCACACCAAGGAUGCUGAACACUAAGUCUCUGGGUCAUCCAACCAGCUUUGCUCACAUGGACAAGGUGAACUCCAACAGUCUUGACUCCUGUGUGACCAUCCACGACCUCCCGCCCAAAGUCCCCCCGUAUUCCAAGCUGCAGGACUUGGCUGGCUCCCACACCUCAUCCCGCCUCACCCCCAGCCCAGCGCCUGUGCUCCACAUCAAUUCCCCCAGCUCCUACACCAGUGAAAGUCUGAGCGGAUCACCGCUGCUCUACCCCAAGCUGUCCGGCAUGCACCGCAGCCUGGAGUCCCUGCCCCUCCAGAUGAGCGUGGCUUCCAGUACGAGGUUUGUCAGAACUGCCAUGCAUGAUAAGGAAGAGAGGGGUACCGGAACCUGGGGAGCUGGAAGCAGGACAUCCCUCAACCUCACGGAUAGCUUGCAAACAGACCGAAAUACCUUGCCGAAGAAAGGAUUAGAACGCUAUGGCUCAAGCCUGUCAGAGAGUGACGGCAAACCUGGAAGGCGCCACUCCCACACCAUAGUCAGCAUGACAGAGAGCGAUAGCCCCCCUCAGCUGCCUUCUCCCACCCGCCCUCUCCACCCCUCCUCUGGCAAGGCUCCCCUCACCAACGUGGUUGCCCCAAUAACUAGUGGCACCCCGAGGAUAUCGCGCUCCAACAGCACAGGCCCACCUAGUGAGUCAUCCUGCGAUCUCUAUGGAUCCUCCCCUCUGGGCAGCAGUAUGUCCCUGGCUGAUCGGCCAAAAAGCAUGAUGCGGUGCGGGUCUUUCCGUGAACCCGGAGAUGAAGUGCAUGGCUCUGUGCUCUCUUUGGCGUCCAAUGCUUCAUCCAACUAUUCCUCGAAUGAGGAGAGGAUAGAAGGGGAGCAAAUCCGCAAGCUAAGGCGAGAGCUGGAGUCUUCCCAGGAAAAGGUUGCCGACUUGACCAUGCAGCUUAGUGCCAAUGCUAAUCUGGUAGCAGCAUUUGAGCAGAGUUUGGCGCUGAUGACGGCACGCCUGCAGACCCUGUCGGUCUCUUCGGAGCAAAAGGACUCUGAGCUCACUGAGCUGAAGGAUACCAUUGAGGUUCUGAAGGUCAAAAACACAGAGGCCCAAGAAAUCAUUCAGGGGGCUCUCAGUAAUCCGGACAUCACACCUAAAGGUACAGAAUGUGCCAGGGAUUUACAAAAACCAGACACAUGCAAAGACAAGGGGGGGGGGGGGGAAGCUUCUUCUCCCGGAAUUCAGUGUGCUCUUUUUUUUUUUUUCUCCUGGAAUUUAGAACUGCUGAUUAAACGCCAGAACUCGUCAGAAAGCAUCUCCAGCCUCACCAGCAACACCAGCCACACCAGCCACUCCAGCCACUCUAGUAUGGGUAGUCUCAAAGAGCAGGAGGCCAAGAAGAAGAAGAAAAAGGGCUGGUUGCGCAGCUCCUUUAACAAGGCCUUUAGUAAGAAGGGCUCUAAGCCAUCAGGGCCGUAUGCUGACAUUGAGGAAAUUUCCACCCCAGAAUCCUCUGCACCUUCCUCCCCCAGAGUUCACCAUGGUGGAAGCAACCCUCCAUUGUCAAUGAAAUCAUCAGCCUCUACAUCAUCAUCAGGACUCUGUGAAGGAGAUGAGGUGGGGGAUGAUAAGGUUGUAACAGAACUGCGUACAGAGCUGUGGGAGAAGGAGCGCAAACUGACAGACAUCCGUCUGGAGGCUCUGAGCUCUGCCCAUCAGCUGGAGCAGCUGCAGGAGGCCAUGAGCAACAUGCAGUCGACAGUGGAGAACCUGAAGGCUGAGAACGACCAUCUGAAGACGGGUGGUCUGUCCCCCUGUCCAUCUCCUGGACCCUCCAGCUCCGUCUCCCAGUCCUCGGGUCUCACUGCUCUGGGAAGUUUAUCACCCCGACAGUCGGUAGCCAUGCACAUGCCCAAAAGCUACAGCAGAGGGCUGAGUGAGGGGGGCAGCUCAGCAGACGUCCACUCUGCAGAUUUCCUCAGUCUUUCCUCACAGAGGGAUGAUCACCGUGUUAGGGUGGUGAUUUGUGUUGCAGAUUUACACGUCUUUAAAGAUGAGGUUAAACAGCAGGAUUUCUUUGUUGGCACGGUCAGGGUGAAUGGCAGGAUGGACUGGCCCAUGCUGGACUCAGCUGUCAGCCAGGCUUUCAAGGUGUACAUAGCCAAGGUGGACCCCACUUCUAGUCUGGGCCUGUCUACCGACUCCAUCUACAGUUACAGUAUGGGUCAUAUUAAGAGAGUGGUGGGAGGAGAAGGUCCAGAAACCCAGCCCUCUCGCUGCAUGUCCCGAGGCCCCAGUAGCAUCACGGUGGCCCUGAAAGGUUUGAAGGAGAAGUGUGUGGACAGCCUGGUAUUCGAAACGCUCAUUCCCAAACCCAUGAUGCAACACUACAUCAGCCUGCUGCUCAAACACCGCCGUCUCAUCCUGUCUGGACCGAGCGGGACGGGCAAGAGCUACCUGGCUUCCCGGCUGGCUGAGUACCUGGUGGACCGCAGCGCCCGCGAAGUCACCGAUGGCAUCGUGGUCACUUUUAACAUGCACCGCCAGUCAUGCAAGGAUCUCCAGCUUUAUCUCUCCAACCUGGCCAAUCACAUCGAUCGGGAAACCAGCACGUCAGAAAUACCGCUGGUCGUUAUUCUGGAUGAUAUUCACGGGCCUGCUUCCAUCAGCGAACUUGUCAACGGUGCUCUCACCUGCAAAUAUCACAAAUGUCCUUACAUCAUUGGAACAAGCAAUCAGCCAGUGAAGAUGAUAGCGAACCACGGCCUUCAUCUCAGCUUCAGGAUGGUGACCUUCUCCAACAAUGUGGAGCCAGCCAACGGCUUCCUGGUGCGCUACUUGCACAGGAAGCUGAUGGAGUCGGAGGAUGAGAGAAGCUUGACCAACGAGGACUUGAUCAGGGUGUUGGACUGGGUUCCCAAACUGUGGUAUCAUCUGCACGCCUUCCUGGAGAAGCACAGCACGUCGGACUUUCUCAUUGGCCCCUGCUUUUUCCUGUCCUGUCCGGUCACGGUGGAUGAGUUUCGAUCGUGGUUCAUUGACCUUUGGAACCACUCUAUUAUUCCUUACCUGCAAGAGGGGGCCAAGGACGGCAUCAAGGUCCACGGCCAGAAGGCGGUAUGGGAGGACCCAGUGGAGUGGGUCAGAGGCACCCUGCCUUGGCCGUCUGCCCAGCAGGACCAGGCAAAGCUGUUCCACCUGCCUCCCCCCAGCAUCGGCUCCAGCAGCCCCGGUCAGCCCUGUGAGGAGAGGCCUCACAAGGAGACUCCACCCAGCUCCAUGGAAUCUGAUCCCCUGAUGGCAAUGCUUUUGAAACUUCAAGAAGCUGCCAAUUACAUUGAAUCCCCAGACAAAGAAGACCCUAGCCUGCCUAGACUUUGAACACAAAACUUACACUUAAUACUUCAUAUUUGAUGUUUUUUUUUUUUUUUUUUUUUUUUGUCCACUGCAACAACGCAGUGCACAUUCAGGAACAUUGGAUCCCUCAGAAGCGGUUGUAGGGUGAUUAAAACUGUCAUUAGGCCAGCUGUAGGUUAAAUGUAUAACUGGGUAAUUACAAAUCAUUUCAUUACAUACAGUAUUUUCAAAAAAUUGUCCACAAGUAUGGAAUGAUCUAUAGUACUUUACUGUGUAUUUGACUGGAUGACAUUGACUUCAGUUUCCAUUUCCCACCACGUUAGCACUCAGUGCUCUUAGAUCGGUGCUAAGAGAUCACCAAGAAUCGUCUCACCACUUUCACUUCAGGUGAUUUCUGUCCUUGCAGUCCAUCCUGUGUUGUGCUCAAGUGCAUUAUGGGAUACGGAGUGCCUGUCAGCAAGAGCUAUUCUCAAUUAUGGUGACUAAUUUUUGGAAAAGAGUAUGACAGCAUGACAGAUGCUACUAUUUAUUGCAAAGUUCCUUGGUACAUAUCGACUGUAUAAGUCUUUGAAGGCUAAAAUCUUAUACAUAUGCAAUCCUGGACUUUACAACCUGAGCAGGUAAGACAAAUAAAAUGCCUUAACAACAAAGACGUCAAUGUCACCUCAACUUCAGCAGAGUACACUGGUGCUUUCAUCAAUAUCACAAGACAGUCAGGAAUCACUUAUUUCUUCAGCCCUAUACAUUAUUUAUUUCCUGUUCUUGUUUUUUUAACAAUAUGAAAUGUUAAAAGAUCACUUAUCAGUAUAUGUUUUCACAGAUUUUAUUCUUUAUUAUUGUUAUGGCUUAUUAGUUAAUUAAACUUGCUGUCAUACUCUUUUGCAUAAAACAAAACCGAUUUAUCAGUGAUGUGAGUUCAUCACUUUGUCGCUUUACAGUACCAUCAUUUCCAAGCACUUACUGUAGUUUUAUGAACUGCUUCAUGUAAAACAUGUGUCACCAAUGUUGCCAUAUAUAUCAGGUAUUAGAUAGUUAUUACACAGGGAUUAUGUAACAUAACAAACACCCUCUGACUAAAAUAGAUUGAGCAAAUGCUAUUUGAAUCCAAUUCAGUUUUUUUUCUGUAACAUUUAUCUUGGAAAGAGUCCAUUUUCUUUUUUUUAUCUUUCACCCCACAUUCAGAGUAGUUACUGUAUAUAUUAUGUACAUACAAUCAGGCUACAUCAAAUUAUUUUAUCUAUAUUAGUUGGUGCAAAUAUCUAAUAUACUGAACCAAAUACUGUACUUUAAUUAAUCAUGUGUAUUGACUGUCAUGUUAGUGGUUUCAGUUCAACUAUGAAUGUAUAGAAAAAAACAAGCAUAUGACAGUAUCACUCAUGUAGUAGGUGCUUUUAAAAGAAGCCUUAUUGCAACGUUCCACUGCAAAACACUUUGAACAAUUUCUGAGUAGAGUGAUUUUAAAGCUACCUUUGCCCAUUUUCAUUUAUAAGAGUUCAUGCACUUCACAAACAGAAUUAAAAAGUCUCAUUCUUACACUUAUUAUCAUCAUUUAGGUACGCAUGGUGCUCUUUUCUUUGACAAGGUUCCAGACUGUUUCAGUGUUGAAUAAAGAUCACGUAGACUUUCAGGCUAGGUUAGCAGAGAGUUUUAUGUCAUACAGUAGAAAUGUCAACGCUAAAGUAAUGUCAAUUAAAUAAAUCUGGAAGAUAAUGUCUGAUAUUUUUAGGAUAUGUUGAAUAACUGUUGAAGACAUUUUGUAGAGACAGUGAAGUCAUGUGAGACAAUGUAGGUGUUAAUGUUGUACGGUAUUCAUAUUUGAGAACACUUUGGGUACACGACACAGUGCAAAGUGACUAUGGAGAGUAGUCGUUCCAAGGAAAGAGUAAAAAGCAAAAGAUUUAAACACUUUUUAAGGUACUUUGCGUCAAUUUUUUGUAAAAAAUAAAAAAUAAAAUUAAAAAGCCCUAAUGGAGUAAAUGGCAGACAAAGUGGUAUUGUCAAUAUAAUUCACCUGUGUCAUUAUUUAGGUGCUCAAACUAAACUUCACAUGUACAUAAAUCCUGUUAACGAAUGUCAGACCAUUUUAUGACAGCUCAAUAAGAAAGUUUAACAUUUUCAAUUGUAUCUGAGCUGCUUAUUGCUUUGUUAAGGCGGGUAACAGAACUUCAAGCUAAUCCGCAGCUCUGAUUGGUCACAUGUAAACUUAAAAUAAAUAAAGGAAUUACAGACAUCAAAGAGCAAAAAGAUACUAAAUGGCCAGUGACUCUCACAGUGGUCACAUGCCGAUUAAGAAUAAUGUCAGUUUUUGUAAAUAUAUCGGUAUUAGACAGUAUUACCAACCCUGGUCUGUUUCUGCAGGUUAACUAAAGCCAUCAGCUCCAGCUUCUCAUCUCAUUCACUGGUUGUUGUGCCUGUUGCUCUGUAGUAGCUGUGAUUUGUGUUUGCUUACUGGUGUAUCAGGACUAUGCAGCAACUUCUACUGGUGUUGGCAAUCAGCAAAUGUCUGAUCCUCAUGUGCAAAUGCAGUAUUUUCCUCUGGUCUGUCUUUGAGUUCCUAAUUUGGACCAAAUUGCACCACGGGACCAAAGUGGAAGGUUGUUUUAGCAGGUGCUACUGAGCCUUAAAGAGAGGAGGAUUUGUGUGCCGUUGCAUUGAGAACAGGGUUCAUAGGUGUAGGUAAAGAAAUGAAGCACUUUGGAAGGUGUUUCACGUGUUUUGUCCUUAUGAAUGGCAACAAAAAGUAUCCUAACUGGACUUGUAAAUGGUCAAAUGACAAGAAAAUCAGCGCUUCACUGUUUGCAUAGUUGAUUUUAUGUAGAAUCAAACCAGAUAAAGAGAUGAAUUUGAUUUCUUUAGCCAGUACAGGUUGCUGAAUAGUCACAUUUCUGCAAAGCUUGUUGUGGGUACUGAACUAAGAUUACACAAAAGAAAAAGUUAUGCGAUAUCUAAUGUCACUGAAGUGCAAAUGUAAAGGGUUUCUAAGUGUUGUAAAUGCAUGUAAACUUGCUGUGUGAUGAGAAAAUAACCUGACAUUGUAUUGUUAGGAAAAUCAUUCUAGAUAAUGUUUUGCCUUUUAAUACUCCAAAUAUUUGAUAUUUCUUUUUCUUUUUUCUAAAGAAUCCUUUGUAAAACUUAAUUUCUCUAUUUUGUACAGGACAUCACUGUAAAGAUUGUAAAUAGGUCAGCAUUCUGGAUGCGGCAACAAUCAUUAAGGGACAGGGAAACAAAAAAAUCAUGCUUGAGAGAAGGGUAUAUUUCUUUAGAGUUUGAUCCAAUACAUGGAUAAGGUUUCUGAAGGCUUUCAUCCACCUAUCACUGGUUGUUGGAAUCAAUAAAAUACAUGUUAUAUUUA